AUGACUCUGAUAAGCCCUUCAGAGUAUACGUUCGACGUGAGAAGAAGAUGGAGAAAGAAGAGAAGAGCUGAAGUGGCUAAAAGGACACGUGGAGGAAUAAAUCCCUCGCUGCUAUGGCGCGUCAUCGAGAUUGCCAAGAAGCGAGUGAUCAAGCACUCAGUGUUCUUCUUCCAAGCCGUCGAGAGGGCGCGUUGUAAUUACAUGACUCGUAGAAGGGUCUUAUGGUCAUUUACCCUCAUUUGUGGCUUGUCCUUGGUCUCGAGCAUUGUUUAUGUGAAGCUUGUGAGAUGGUGGACACGAUUACAGGAAGAGAAGCUGAGAUUUCUGGUUCUUCUGCUCAGAGAGAAAGAUCAGAAAAUAAAAGAACUUAUGCUAGAAACUGGGAGAUUGAACGAGCUGUUAUCAUCAAGACGCAGAGUUAGAGUGGUUCGAAUCGUGUGACGCAUACGAGUAUA